UUAUCGCUUACUAUGCCACCUAGACAACAUUAUGAAUCAGAUGAAAUUCCUGAACAUGAUGACUAUAGUUACGAUGAUGAUUCUGUUUCUGGUCCUAGCAAUUUUAACCAAGAACAUAAUACCAGUAACAUUGAGGGCGAUGAAAGCGAUGAUGAUAUGCGAAGUGAUAAAAGUGGUGAUGAAAAUCCUGUUCCUCAAGAUACCAGACAUACCCCUCGUUCUAAUGAAAAACGACCUAAAUGCGAAAACUGUGUUAGUUCGAAUG